UUGGGGAAGAGGAAAGCUGUGGCUCCCCCCCUGUUCCAGGGAUUGUGGUGAGAAGUGCUUCUGAGGAUUGGCCCAAGCCGCUUUUUGUCGCGCCUCUCCACGCCGAGCAUCCUUCGCUGCCCGCCCUGCAACUCGCAGGCUGGUUUUGUUUGGCCUCAGCUGUCUCUCCCAUUUCGUCCGCCCCGCCGUCGGUGCCUUAGUUCCCGAAGCAGCAGACCUCUCACAGCUGGAACCGCGGGCCAGGCAGGACCCCGGCAGCAGAGGGCGCCCAAAAGUUUGGCGACAUCUGCCCGGCUGGCUUGGCGCCCCGCACGUCGUGCAUCUAGAUAGGAAAGUUUCUCCGUGGAAAAGAAGCCCCUCCACCUUUCUCUCGAUCCUGGAGCGCGCGCGCACGCGCUCUGCUCCUCUCCCCCGAGACUGAGCUCGGGGACAGGGUUGUGGCAUUUCCUCUGCCCCUGGCCCGGCUGCCUUGGGGGCAGAGCUUGGGGAAUCCGAAGAGCCAUCCUGAGAACCCUCGACGCAGCGCGGAUCCUGAGAGCGCCGGCGAGCGGGCGAGCUAAGAGCCACAGCCUAGCAAUACCUAGGGUAGCUAGGCACUAAACUGAAUCCGCGAAAGGACGCUCAGGCUGCGCCCCCUCUUCUUCUCUGGCUCAGUUCUCGGCUGGUUUGAGAGGGCACUGCUGCUGAGUGUUGGUGCCAGGACAGCGUGGCUACCCCCCUACCUUGGGGUCUGCAAAAGAAGCCGCCACGGGAACAGCUGUUCCCAUGGCCCUUCACGAGCCUGGAAUUGGACUCUGGACUAGGCGCUAAGAUGAUUGCUUUUGUCUUGUCCAAGUUUCACAUCACGUAUAUUGACGAAUCCUGGACCAAUCGAGAGUCAAGUUCAAAGUGGUACUGCUGGGCUCUCCAUCCCAGACUCCAAGUCUAAUUUGAGACUAGAAGAGAGGAGUCCCCUGCUCUAACUAGUAGAUUCUGGAAUCGGACUUGACUGCUCUCUUCGCUAAUACUUGGACUGCAGUGGCUACAGAGUUUUCUUGGGGGGUAGGGGUGGGGGAUGCUCUGAAGACCAGACCACGACGCUCAGAACCUCGACAAUGGACCGCGUUUAUGAAAUUCCUGAGGAGCCAAGCCUGGAUCCCAUUUCAUCUCUGGAGGAAAAUGUCAUCCGUGGGGCCAACCCCCGAUUUACCUUUCCAUUUGGCAUCCUCUUCUCCACCUUUUUGUACUGUGGGGAGGCUGCGUCUGCUUUGUACAUGGUUAGAAUCUAUCGAAAGAAUAGUGAAACCUACUGGAUGGCAUACACCUUUUCCUUUUUUAUGUUUUCAUCCAUUAUGGUCCAGUUGACCCUCAUUUUUGUCCACAGAGAUCUGGCCAAAGACAAGCCACUAUCACUGUUUAUGCAUCUAAUCCUCUUGGGACCUGUUAUCAGAUGUUUGGAGGCCAUGAUUAAGUACCUCACACUGUGGAAGAAAGAGGGGCAGGAGGAGCCCUAUGUCAGCCUCACCAGAAAGAAGAUGCUAAUAAAUGGCGAGGAGGUGCUGAUAGAAUGGGAGGUGGGCCACUCCAUCCGGACCCUGGCUAUGCACCGCAAUGCCUACAAACGUAUGUCACAGAUCCAAGCCUUUCUGGGCUCAGUGCCCCAGCUGACCUAUCAGCUCUAUGUGACCCUGAUCUCUGCAGAGGUUCCCCUGGGUAGAGCUGUGCUAAUGGUCUUUUCCCUGAUAUCUGUCACCUAUGGGGCUACCCUCUGCAAUAUGUUGGCUAUCCAGAUCAAGUACGAUGAAUACAAGAUUCGCCUUGGGCCGCUAGAAGUCCUCUGCAUCACCAUCUGGCGGACUUUGGAGAUCACAUCCCGCCUCAUGAUUCUGGUGCUCUUCUCAGCCACCUUGAAACUGAAGGCUCUGCCCUUCUUAUUGCUCAACUUCCUGAUCAUCCUCUUUGAGCCUUGGGUUAAGUUCUGGAGGAGCGGUGCCCAGAUGCCCAAUAAUAUUGAGAAGAAUUUCAGCAGGGUCGGCACCCUAGUGGUGCUGAUUUCCAUUACUGUCCUCUAUGCUGGCAUCAACUUCUCUUGCUGGUCAGCCUUACAGUUGAAGUUGGCAGACAGGGACCUUGUUGACAAAAGUCAGAACUGGGGACAUAUGGGCCUGCACUAUAGUGUGAGAUUGGUAGAGAAUGUGAUCAUGGUCUUGGUUUUUAAGUUCUUUGGAGUGAAAGUGUUACUGAAUUACUGUCAUUCCUUGAUUGCCUUGCAGCUCAUUAUUGCUUAUCUAAUUUCCAUUGGCUUCAUGCUCCUCUUCUUCCAGUACUUGCAUCCAUUGCGCUCGCUCUUCACCCACAAUGUAGUGGACUACCUCCACUGUGUCUGCUGCCGCCGGCAUCCUCGGGGCAGGGUUGAGGACUUGGAGCCAUCCGUGGAUGCUGAAACAAGGCAAAGCAUUGUCUGAUUCUGUCUCCUGGGUAUUUUGGGAUCGGUUGGGGGUUGCCAAGUGCAACUGCAAAAUUGAAGGAGAGGGCAAGGCUCAUGGGUGAAUACCCACCGGGUAUUCUGGUAAAGCCUGUCAGAAGAAAGAGCAGCCCCCAAAUAAGUUUUAUUUCCUUAAGAUUGACUGCUAUGUUUGGACACCAGGUAUAGCCACUAUAUACCUGGAAGGGUCAGGUUCAUCCUCCUCCCACCCAGGGCAGCUAUCUGGCUGCCCUGUGGGAUAACUUACCUCCAUGUACCUAAGACUCCUCUGACCUUCUAGCUCUGCUUAUUUGCUUGAGGCGUUACUGAGCUUUCCCAGGGCUAAGCUGAAGGCCUGGAAUCCCACCAGAAUAUAUCCUGACUGAUCAGAGGAUGUGACCACUAACUGGCUGUGGGACCUUGCCAGGAACAGUCUGAUUAAUGUGGAACCUGUAACUAUAAGCAUGGCUGAGGUCUUUUAAUUCCAAUGGGAAACUCUGGUUAAGAAGAAAACUCCAACUAUUAAAAGAGCUGCUCCCCAAACGAGUUAGCUCUCCAUUAGGGUAUUACUAGUGAUCAUUCAUCAGGGGCCUCUCUUUUCACUCUGAGGAGGGGCUGCAGAGUGGGAUUCCUUCAGGGCCUAAGCCAGAAUGACUCUCCUUCUCAGGGACCUGCAUGGGCCUCCAGCUUGUUGAGUGGAGUGCUUGAGUAAACUCUCUCACUUUGUGUCUCAUUAUCAGGGAUUCCCUCCAACCCAGCUUUUCUAUUCUCUUGGCAUUUUACUACUUGAUGUGGACCUCAGAGAAGCUGAACUGUAGUCAAAAAUGUUUCUAAUGUGUAGAAGAAGUGAAGAUUGCUCUGUGUCUGCUCCUGUCCUGAGUAUUUUGUUGUUUUGGUUUUUUAGGGGAGAGAGAAGCUGGGACAUCAACUUCAUGCUGUUUGGGGUUGGGACGGUGGCUAAUACUCCAAGGCAGAGUGAAAGCAGAGGAAGGAAACCAGAUCUCAUUAAAGCAUUGUCUGUA